GCGUCGCGACGCCGUUACUCACGCCAGCGGAAGCGAGCGUACGUCGUGGCGACGCGUCGAUAUAUCGGAAGUGGAAAUAUACCCCGCACUGUCGGCCCGAGGCGGUUCCUAUUCCACCACUUGACUGAAACCUCCUUUUCCUCUUCCAUUGUAAAACAUCUCGUCAAGAGACAAAGAGUAUCGUGGUUUUGUCUGCAAGUUAUUCGGAUUAAUCGCUGACGAUGUCCUCGGUUAUGUAUGAGUCCUUGGGCGCCAAGGUUGCUAUGUUCAACCAGUAUGCCAGCAAGCACAAGGACAAGCAGAGCAAGAAUCCAUUCACGUCCGGCUUGAACAUCGAGAAGCCGAAAUUCUCCAAGGAGGAGUACGGCAGACCAGAAGCAGGCUCUAAGUCGGAUAUCCGCGGUCGCAAGGCGAAUGCCCACGUGCUAAAGGAGAUCCUGGAGCUUUGCGAGAUUAUCAGUCAGGAGGGCACACCUUGUCAAGAUCAGCCUGACGUAAUCGGCAUCACGUUCGGCGACAUCUUCAACAUUUACACUAACAUCAGUAACAAAUGCGUGGGACUGCUGCUGAGGGCGAGGAAACUAAAGUUUUUGGAAUUCGAGGGCGAGUGUCUCUUCCAGAGGAGAGACGACAACGUGCCGAUAUUCCUGGUGAAACCUCUCGAAGAAAUCCGCAAGGAGUAUAAUCAGCGGCUAGAAGAGACCAGGAGAGAUACACUGGAUAGUUAAUGCGAAUUAUGUUUCCAGGAAAAUCCCCACGAAAAUUUUGCCUACGCUCGAAGUGACGACAUUCGCGACUGCCAUCGACAGCUACCGGUCUACCUGUAUUUAUUCUGUAUUUUAUAACGCAAGAGUCCGUAUAGCGCGUACUUUGUACUUGACUCGUUGGAUUUUGUAUGUUGAAUGAAUGAAUGCUGCUCGAUGUAAAUAGUUCGGCGCGAGUGAGAUACGUUAGAAAGUAACAAACAAUACAAUUUUUACGGUACAUUUUGUCGGGACGUUGCCAACUUUGUAAAUAUACAGCGCGUAAUAAACAAUUAAUGUGUCUCCGUCGGA